GCCCGCCCCCCUCCGGCUCCAGCGCCUCGCUGCCAGCCAAACCUCCCGACCAUGCCCGGCGCCCCACCCGCUUCUGCGACCCCCCAGCUCCGCGCAGCUAGGAGCGUCUGCAGUCCUCGCGCCGCCACGCCAGACAUGCAGAUCCAAGAAGCCUGGAGCUGUGGGCAGAGGAAGCGAGAAGGAAGGAAGCCGGAGAGGCAGGAGUAGACAGACACCGGGGCCAGGAGUAAAGGCCAAAAAUCUGGGUCAAGGCUGAGGAAGACCUCAGAAACGGAGUGCAGAAUGUGGCCUGCUCUACUGCUGUCCCAACUCCUCCCUCUCUGGCCACUGCUGUUGCUACCCCUCCCACCGCCUGCUCAGGGCUCCUCCCCUCGAGCCCCACCAGCCCCAGCCCGUCCCCCCUGCGUCCGGGGUGGCCCCUCAGCCCCUCGCCACGUGUGCGUUUGGGAGCGGGCGCCUCCACCAAGCCGAUCCCCACGGGUCCCAAGAUCACGUCGGCAAGUUCUGCCAGGCACUGCACCGCCUGCCACCCCAUCAGGCUUUGAGGAGGGGCCUCCCUCAUCUCAGUAUCCUUGGGCUAUCGUGUGGGGUCCCACAGUAUCUCGGGAGGACGGAGGGGACCCGAACUCUGUCAAUCCUGGAUUUCUGCCCCUGGACUAUGGUUUUGCAGCCCCACAUGGGCUGGCUACUCCCCAUCCCAACUCGGACUCCAUGCGCGAUGAUGGAGAUGGGCUCAUCCUUGGGGAAACACCUGCUACCUUGAGGCCCUUCCUGUUUGGAGGGCGUGGAGAAGGUGUGGACCCUCAGCUUUACGUUACAAUUACCAUAUCCAUCAUCAUUGUUCUUGUGGCGACCGGCAUCAUCUUCAAGUUCUGCUGGGACCGUAGCCAGAAGCGACGCAGGCCCUCAGGGCAGCAAGGUGCCCUGAGGCAGGAGGAGAGCCAGCAACCACUGACAGACCUGUCCCCUGCUGGAGUCACUGUGCUGGGGGCCUUUGGGGACUCGCCUACCCCAACCCCUGACCAUGAGGAACCCCGAGGGGGACCCCGGCCUGGGAUGCCCCAGCCUAAGGGGGCUCCAGCCUUCCAGUUGAACCGGAUUCCCCUGGUGAAUCUGUGAUGCCCCCACCCCCAUGUUGGGGUGCUGCCAAGCAGGAGGCCAAGUGGCCGGUAUAGCCACCAUCCACUGAGGGUGGGGCAACCGUGGGGAAUUGGGGCCAUGGUGGGGAGGCUCCUAGCUCCUGCCCUUGCACACCACCUGCCACACUCACUAAUCCCAUGGGCAAGCCCAACUGUUUGCCCUCCAGUGUUUGGGGGUCUCCCAUUCCCACCCUUGCACAUUCACAUGAAAGCCUUGCACACUCACCUCCACCCUCACAGGCCAUAGCACAGCCAUGCUCUCCAUGCUGCUUGUGUCCCCAUCCAUGUCUGCUCAGCUGGCUCCUAGCGCUCUCCCUCUUGUUGCACAUGUCUUGCCCCCUUGACAUUCUCUGUGCCCAUCUGAGACUCGGGGUGUGCAUUCCUGCCCCCCUCCUCCCCCUAUAUGGCAUAGUGUGACCGCUCUGCCUCAUCAACACCCAUUGGUCUAGUUUCUGUUGCCCUUGCAUGCUGCCCUAGAGGUGGGUGGGAGGUGAGCUAAGGGCUCCUUGU